AUGACUACCAAGACUUCCAACGAGACCUACGGUGCAGGAACUGUUGUCGACUCGGAGUUCAGUCCACUUCCAGCAGAGUGCGAACGGAUACUACGCAUCUUUGCUGCAAGGACACCCGGUUUCACCAAAGAUGAGGCUCUCCUCAGCGGGGUAAACUUCCACGGCGAUGAUCUGCCCUGUAUUCCAGGGCCAAUCAAGUCUCAAGCCGUCACGGCAGUCCUACAUGCAAUGGUCGGUAUAGUCGGUCUCGAGAUCCUUCACCUUCGCGGGGUCACCACCGACAACCAAAUAGAUAUCGACGUCAACCACGCUGGCCUCUACCCCGCUACAGCAGCACUUGUCGAUAUCGAUGGCGUCACAGGCCCAGAGGUGAUCAAACUGCCCACUGUGCCGCAGUGGGACAAGGACCGUGCUUCCAACUCGCCACUCGUGUACCGCGCAACGGCCAUCUAUGAGACUGCUGAUAGCGGCGUGUGGUUCCAGCUUCACGGUUCGCUUGAUUCGUGGAAGGUGUUGGCCCUUCUUGGUAUCGGCAAAGAUCUCGACAGUGAGAUUCGUACCAACGAUGCUGCGUAUGAGCUCAUCCAGGAACGAGUUCGUAAGUAUCGUGCCCGAGAAAUUGAGCAGCUGGUGGUGGAGAAGGGUCUUUCGGGGUCAAUCGUCUACUCUCCUGAAGAAUGGCGUCAAACGGAGAUGGGCAGGUCUCUCUCACGACAUCCUCUGGUCAAUUACAAACAAAAAUCUCAUUGUGCAACCCUCGCACCUGCUUCCUUUCCCGUCCUCGAGGACAAAAGACCACUCGCUGGUAUUAAAGUUGUGGAGUUGACUCGCAUCAUAGCUGGUGCAGCUGCCGGUGCCGCCCUCGCAUCUCUGGGUGCUGAGGUCAUACGCGUCAACUCGUCCAAACUCAAGGACUACACCCCAGCUCAGCCCUCCUCCCUCAUGGCUGGCAAGAAGACCAUCGACCUGGAUCUCGAAGACCCAGCCGAUCAUAAGAAGCUGAUGCAGCUCUUUGAGCAAGCCGAUGUCAUCUUGCAGGGCUACCGCCUGGGAUCAUUGGCCCGAAGAGGUUUCGGUCUUGAAGCUGCGCUUGAACUGGCAAAUAAACGAGGCAGGGGUGUCGUCUAUGUGGAUGAGAACUGUUAUGGCCCUGAUGGUUACUACGCCGAGCGACCUGGGUGGCAGCAGGUAGCAGACGCGGCGGCGGGAAGCUCGUAUGUCAUGGGCCAAUCGUUUGGCUUUCCCAAAGGCCAAGGUGUCCUGCCCAGUCUGCCUAUCUCAGACAUGUCUACAGGUAUCCUAACUGCCCUGACCAUCAUGUGCGGUAUUCGAGAUCGUGCCAAGUUUGGUGGAUCAUACCAUGGCCAUGCCUCACUUACAGCCUAUAAUAUGGCGACUCUGGAUUCAGAGGUUCGCCUGUAUCAAAGGGAGGUGGUUCAGAAGAUCAGCGACAAGUAUGAGUUCCCAACUUGGUCGAGUGACGUGCACGUUGCACCUCUGUACUAUUCCAUCUUGGAUGCUUGGGGGAAAAAGAGCGAGCUCAUCAAGGACGAAAAGCACUAUAUUCACUUCUCGGAUUCCGUAUUUGGGUCUGACUUACGUGUUCUUGGACCGGUCGUGCGGUAUGAUAAGGAAGAGUACUCGCCCAAGUGGAACAGUCCACCGGUGCCGUUCUGCCAUCAUGAGUUCACGAUGUUUUCAAAUCAAUGA